GAGGAGGAAGAGGAGGAAGACGAGGAGGAGGAGGAGGAAGACGAGGAGGAAGACGAGGAGGAGGAGGAGGAAGACGAGGAGGAGGAGGAGGAGGAAGACGAGGAGGAGGAGGAGGAGGAAGACGAGGAGGAGGAGGAGGAGGAGGAGGAGGAGGAGGAGGAGGAGGAGGAGGAGGAGGAGGAGGAGGACGAGGAGGAGGAGGAGGAGGAAGACGAGGAGGAGGAGGAGGAGGAAGACGAGGAGGAGGAGGAGGAAGACGAGGAGGAAGACGAGGAGGAGGAGGAAGACGAGGAGGAGGAGGAGGAGGAAGACGAGGAGGAGGAGGAGGAAGACGAGGAGGAAGACGAGGAGGAGGAGGAAGACGAGGAGGAGGAGGAGGAGGAGGAAGACGAGGAGGAGGAGGAGGAGGAGGAGGAAGACGAGGAGGAGGAGGACGAGGAAGACGAGGAGGAGGAAGACGAGGAGGAGGAGGAGGAGGAAGAGGAGGAAGACGAGGAGGAGGAAGAGGAGGAAGAGGAGGAAGACGAGGAGGAGGAAGAGGAGGAAGAGGAGGAAGAGGAGGAAGACGAGGAGGAGGAAGAGGAGGAAGAGGAGGAAGAGGAGGAAGAGGAGGAAGACGAGGAGGAGGAAGACGAGGAGGAGGAG